AUGGCGAUCAUUCACAUUGUGCUCUUCCAGUUCAAACCUGGUAUUGAGAGCUACAUAAUCAAUGACACAUGCAAGCGAAUGCUCGAGCUCAGAGAGAACUGUCUUCAUCCAGUAUCCCAGAAGCCAUAUAUUGAGACAUCAUCUGGUGGAAUUGAUAAUUCUCCUGAAGGUAUUCAGGAUGGGAAAACUCAUGCUUUUGUUGUUGAAUUUGCAAAUGCACCAGACAGAGAUUACUAUGUUCAUCUCGAUCCUGUGCACCAGGAGUUUAUUAAGAGUUUAGAUGGGAUUAUUGAGAAGGUACAAGCAAUUGACUACACACCUGGUGUAUUUAACUAG